GCCAUGGUUGCAAAAAGUUAUCUUCAAAUUGAUGCAAUCAUGGUCAUAAUGCCGUUGUCAUCGGCCUUCGAUUAUUUGUUGGCUUCCUUCUUUCUCUGAUUCUCCCGUUCGGAUGAGACAUACGUGACGCACCGAUCAACAUAUAAUCAAUAACUAGAAGCUAGAUCGAUCAGGCCUGCGUCACGUUCAUUCAUCUCUCUGAAUCAUAUAUAUUUAUCUUUUGAAUUAGCUUAGCGUUAGCGCCAUGGAUCCGAAUCCAAGCCCAAGGAAGAUGCGAAUUCUUUCUUAUGUUAUGACAAAAAUUCCUAGUUUCAAACGCCGGCAAUUGCAGGAGCUUGAGAAUGAAAAACAAAUCCGGGCGUCUUAUUUACCGGAAACCUAUUCCGAACUCUCCGAACGUGAAUCCUACACCGAACUCGCCGAACGUGUGGCUCAACUUACGGACGAUGACAUCCUCGCCACCAUCCGUUCGGUCGUCGUCGAGGUCUCUCAGAUUCGGUCCGUCCUCAAAACUCUUGGCGAGCGUCCCGACCCCGAGGCUGUUGAUUCCGCUAGGGUGAAACUUCAUGAGAUGGAUUCGCCCUUCGCUCAGCAGUUGGACGAGAUCGCGAUGGCCGAAGGCGGCGUUGAGGAGGUGGAAUCGAGGAGGAAAGCGGUAAAGAGGGAGAAACAGAUGUUCAGGGCCCUGAUCUCGUUGGAUGAGAUGCAUGACAGCUAUGCCAAUUUGUUGAUUGUAGCCGAGAGGAGGCUUCAGAAGCUUUAUGAGACGGCUAAGGCGGCAGGAAAGUUAAACGUCCUUGACCGGAGGGCUUCUUCCAUGCUUCCGACCAUCGCCGAGGAGGUUAAGGAGGAGAUGGCUGAUAUUCUUCAGGAUGCGUUAAUUAACGGUGUCGAACGGAUUGAUUUGUCUCGUCGCCGGUUGCCCUUCAUCCCUGAAGCCUUCGGGAAGCUUCGUACAUUGGUUUCCCUUAACCUAUCCUCCAAUAAACUUAUGGCCAUUCCAGAUUCAGUUGCAGGACUCACGAAUCUCGAGGCACUUGAUGUUUCUGCUAAUCUAUUUGAAUCACUACCAGAUGCCAUCAGAUCGCUAAAGAAGUUGCAGAUCUUAAAUGUAUCGAGGAACAAGCUCACUUCAUUGCCCGAUGGACUUUGUAAAUGCAGAUCAUUGGUAGAAUUCGAUGCAAGUUUCAACAAGAUCUCGUAUCUCCCCGCCAACAUCGGGUAUGAACUGGUGAAUCUAAAAAAGCUUAUGAUGCCUUUGAACAAGUUGCGCACCCUUCCAACCUCCAUCGGCGAAAUGGUAUCUCUUCAGAUUCUAGAUGUACACUUCAACGAGCUCAAAGGUCUCCCAUCCUCCAUCGGAAAGUUAACAAAACUGGAGAUCAUUAACAUCGGUAGCAACUUCAACGACCUUACAUACCUCCCGGAUUCAAUCGGAAAUCUAACCAGCCUUAGGGAACUGGACGUCUGCAACAACCAAAUCAGCGAACUUCCAAUCACAUUCGCUCGUCUCGUGAAUCUAAACAGACUCGUAGUUGACCAUAAUCCGUUGAUGGAUCCUCCUCCGGAGGUGGUGGCGGAAGGUGUGGAAGCGGUGAUGGUGUAUAUGAGCAAGAAGUUGUACGAUAAGAUCGUGGAAGAAGAGAAACGAAUCAUGUUGGAACGGGAAGAACAGCUUCAGGCUGGGUGGUUCACGACGCUAUUUUUUGGGCCUGUCGCCGGUCCCGGCGCAACUUAUCCUUACCUCACUCAUCGACUAUGAUCAAAUGAUUCAAAAUCAUCAUGUUAUCCAACGACGUAGUUAACUUUUGCAUGACAUGGUGGUGUUCUUCAUUCCACCUUGUUAUAUUUACCUGUUUUAAUCCUCGCUCAGUUUGUAUGUUGAUGAUUCCGAGGCAUGUUUACCCAACCAAAAGCAAGAAUCUAAAUACAUGAAUGUAAGGUUUUCAAGGUAAGAUGGUGAUAUAUAUGUAACAUGCAAAAUUUUAUUCCAUGUAUUUAUGGAUGAUAUAUCGAAAUAAAAUGGUCUCGUGUCUUUUUUGA